GCCGCGCCGGAUGGGCCUGUUUCGUUGAAUAACUGCAGCCCUGCAGUCCCAGUUUUGCUUAGCAUCUGUCUUGAUACGGCCUCUCAGCCGCAUGGUGGCUGUCAGGAAGGCAAUCAAUAACAGCUAGGCAGCGGUUCCUACCCCGCUUCAUCUCCCUCCAGCCCGACAUACCCAUCCUUGACACCCAGGUUCCUGGACAGCGUGUAACGCGCGACACUCAACAUGCAGCAGCAAACUAUAACACAGAAUCCGGAAGGUCAUUUUGCAGAUGGACUAGAAGAAUACGCUACCAUGUAUGGAGGACUACAAUGGGACUACGCAAGACCGGCGAAGCUGGCCACAACGACUGUUCAGGAGCUGAAUGGUUCUGCACCAUCGAUUUCCCCUAGAGAUCAACGGCCAACAGCUUCGAAAUUUGCCAACGCAUCUUAUGAUCUAGCUGCGCAUGUACCACAGUACAGAAGACAUGCAGAAGGCCUGCAGGUCGCGAAGGAGGCUCCGCCUCGAACUUCAUCACUUGGGUACUCGGCAGACUUGAUACUCAAUGAACGUUUCCCAAGGCCACUUAUGGGUCAUUCAGUGUCGUCGCCCAGCACAGUACCGGCGCCGCUAUCUACAAGAUCUCACAUGCCCCAGAGCAGCCCAUACUAUUCGUCACAAGCGCCAACACUGGUACCGCAAUCGCCUUCAAAUCCGGACACUCCGCAGCCUCUGAUGUUCAAAAGGGCUACAACAAUGCCUAUGACGCCACCAAUGUCCAACGCAGGUAGCAGCGAAGGUGGAAUUCGUGACUCGAUGGCAUCGCUUAAUCUGGGGGGACAACACCCUGCGCCUCUGCGAUUGCUUAUGAGUUCAACCAAUCUCCCACCGGCAACAUUAUCUCGCAUGGGUACCGUGAGUAGCACAAAGAGCAGCAGUGUCACUUCAGUACAAAUUCGCUCGCCUUCAAUUGGCUCUCCAAGUAGCUCUUUUUCGAAACCCAAGUUCUCGGUAGCUGCUUUCACGACGGGCGCGUAUGAGAAUGAGGCGCCCGACAUGACCUCAAAUCAGGCGACGGCCGAAAUUGCGCGCCGUCUUGAGAAGAAAGACAUCACAUCAAGCAGAAAAAGCUCGACAAGUUCGUCGAUCAAGAAAGGCUUUCCCUUCAAAAGAUCAAACACAGCAGGCACCAGCAGCGGAGGCACCUCUCCAGAGGUCUUGAAUCAGCUCUUAGAAGAGGUUGCACAGGAGGGCAGCUUAUCCCUCGUGAAAGCUGUGGUUUCGAUGGGCGCGGAUCCCGCAGGCAGAACAAAGAAGACCAAGCACGAAGCCUUGGCUAAGGCGACAGCGGCAGGGCACGCAAGAGUUGUGGACUUUUUACUUCGCAAUGGUGCGAGUUACGGUGAAGUUCGCCUAAAGGUCAAGUAUACCCCUACUGACUAUGCGCUUCUGUCGGCUGCAUACAAGGGCCACGCAGAGCUCGCCAGCUGUCUUAUCGCCUCUCAUGGUGCCAAUCCCAUGACUGAGCAAUGGCCACGAGAAAUUGAGAGCACACAACACUACUGGGCUGAGACCCAAGUACGCCUGCCGAAGUCGAGUGUGCUGGACGGCAUAUCUCGGUGGAAGAACGUUGAGGAUGGCAUGAGCGUGAUGAAGUUCAUCAUGGGCAGUUCGAGAUUUGACCCGACCGCUCUUGUGUCAGGCUUGUUCGACAGCAAAAGCGAGCUGCAAUCUGCCAACUACCAAUAUCGACCUUGGCAAACCACUUACGAAGUUUCAGCACUUGCUUGUUUCGUGAGCGCUGGCUGGGCCGAUACAGUUGAAGAAAUGUUGACGUUGAAAGGCGCACCAAAGGACUAUGAGAGGGAAGACGAUUUGCAGCAACACCAGGAGAAGAAGACCCGCUUUGUAUCGCCCGUCAAUGCGUUAACCAAAGAGACGUGGCAAAAGAGACCGGAAGACGCGCUUCGUAUACUUCAUCUGCUUGUCGAUAGAGACUUCAACUUUAGCCUCGUUCAGCGCACGCAGACCGAUGUGGGGCUGAGGACACCGCUAGGCAGAGCUAUAUCGGCAGACGCGGCGCAAGCUGUCGAGCUUCUUCUCCAGCACAAGCCGACAUUGGUCAGAGAAGAGCUCUUCUUUAGGCGCAACAAGAGAGAAACCAAAGCCUUACCGUUCGUUGUUGCUCUUGCAUUAGACAGACUGGAAGUCUCAAGAGUGCUUCUACGAUCUGGCGCACAUCCUCGAGACCCUGCCAUUGAGAACAUGAACAUCCUGCAGUUCGCCGCAAGCGAAAGCGGAGAAGCAGCAACAGUUAUGUUGCUCGAAAUGCUCCCAAUGGCUCCAGAACUGACUUACGAGGCACUCGACAUCGCCAUCAAGCGCAACAACAAGAACAACGUGCGUGUUCUGCUCGACUUCAUCUCCGCCGCCGCCAGCCGUGGUGAGAUCGCAGCCUUGCCACCCGCAUAUGACUCGAUCUUGCUCUGCACUGAUACGGAUAAGGAUGUAGAAACCAAGUUCAGGUACGCCGAACUCAUCGAUAUGGUCUACCAGUGGGACGCAGGCCGUGCUCUGCAUCGACCGCAACUUCCUUCAGUUCUCAACGCGAUCCGGAAGGACAAUUAUGCUGGGGUGGAAAAGCUCAUGCAACUUGGCAUCGUCGAUGGAAAAUAUUUGGUGUUGAACAGCAAAGCACGACCCAUUGGUGAAUCUGGAGAGUGGACAGUACUCGAGUGUUGCGAGACGACAAAGAGGAGCUCAGACUGGCUUGCUUUAUUGAGAUACCAUGGUGCGCCACUGUACUGAUGAUUGUUUGAAUGUUUGCAAUGGCCAGGGUGCCAUGGAGGAGUAUUUCGGCGUUUGGAUCGUAGUACAGCGUUCGUGAGGGACUUGAGUAAACUGCUGUUAACAAGAAUACGAUCUGCG